AUGUCUCUUAUUCAGGGCGAAAGUUUAUUGGGAACAUUCAAGGAAAUACUUUCGAAUGGAAAUGAAUUGAUUGUUAAUUAUCCGUGGGAUAAUGCUAAGGAUAAUGCAAUGUGGGUGAAUGAUAUGAUACCUCAUAGUGCAAUUGAUGGCAGAGAUAUGCAAGACAAAUUCUUGAAUUGGUAUAAUAAUGGACAUUUGUCAGCUAGUGGACAUUGUUUUGAUAUUGGAAAGACAACUAUAGUUCACUUGUUGAAAAAUGAAAAGAAUAAGGCUGCUUUUUGCAGUGCUUCUGAAUGGACUGAUAAUGCUUCUGGAAAUGGUGCCUUAAUGAGAUUGGCAACUAUUCCAUUGUACUUUUAUGGUAUAUAUUUGAAUUGGAAGAAGAGAUUUUCAAAUAUUGAAUUAUCUGAACUAUUUGUUGAAGAAAGAUUACUUCACAGAGUAAUUACUGAGAGUGGUGUUUCAUCCUUGACUACACAUCCUUCACCAAUUGCAAUUGAUACUAAUAGAUAUUAUGCUGCUUUGUUGAUUGGCUGUUUACAAAAUGCAUCAAAGGAAGAAUUGUUAUCGUCCACUCCAUUUGUACCAAAAGGAUUGCCUUCUAAUUAUUGGGAAAUGUAUCCAUUGAGAGCUGAAGUUCUUGAUGUCAUUACCAACUUUAAAUCAAAGAAUGAAGAUGAAAUUUCCAACUCGGGAUAUUCUGCAAAAGCUUUAGAGAGUGCAUUGUGGAAUUUUUACCACACUUCUUCGUUUGGUGAAGGAAUUAAAAAGGUAACUCGUUUGGGAGAUGAUUCUGAUACAGUUGCAGCUAUUGCUGGUCAAUUGAUGGGAUGUUAUUAUGGAGUUGAAGGAAUUCCUCAUAAUUGGAUUGAACAAUUAACCUUGAAGGAAUUGAUAAUUGCAAUUGGAAAAGAAUUAUUGAAUGGACCAAUUAAUAAUCAACAAGUAUCUGUAACAUAUAAGAAUGUCCUUUGUUUGUACUAUAAUUUGGAAAAUAGUUAUUAUGAUAUUCACAGAAGAUCAAAUCCAUGUCCAAAGCAAUUUAAAACUAUGGAUGAUUUCGAUCAAGCUGUUGCUCAACUCGUGGAGAAUUUCCAACAAAAUCAAGUCAGCAUUUUAAACGAUAUUACUGAGGAGAGUGAUAGAAAUCAAGUUAUUGAGAUUUCCAAUAAGAUAUUGGAAGACUUCAAGAAGAGAUGUCAAGAUUAUGCCAGACCUUCACUAAAGGAUCGUCUUGAAAGAUUUUCACAACCUUCCAGACCAGCAUUUCUCUUAAAAAAGUAA